AUGGGGUAUCGCCAUCUCGACUUGACGAUUCCCCCGUCGCGAUGCACCUGCGUGGUGGGGGGGAGGGAGCGCGACUCGGGGGCGUCAUCGCUGGCGCUGCUGCUGCUGCGGCUGUUGGAGCCCACCAGCGGCCGGAUCACCCUUGGCGGGAAUAACCUCGCCGACCUCGACGAGGACUGGUUGCGCGGGCAGAUUGGCUACGUCGGGCCGGACGCCGAGCUUUUGGAUGGGAGUAUCGCGCAGAACAUCGCGUACGGCUUUCGCUCCCACGACUGGGAGGCGCCGAUCGAUCGCUGGCUCCACGCCAUCGUCGUCGACGCCGCAACUAAGGCGCACGCGCACGAUUUCAUCGCCGCGCUGCCGGAGGGCUACGACACCGUCGUCGGCGAGCACGGCCGUAGCUUAUCCGCUGGCGAGCGGCAGCGGAUCGCGAUCGCGCGCGCGCUGGUGAGCGACCCGCGUAUUCUGAUCUUAGACGAGGCCACCUCUAUGCUGGAUAGCGAGAGCGAGGCGGUGGUGCACGAAACCAUCGCGAAGCUCAUUCAGGAGUCGAAUAAAUCCGGUAGUAACCGCCAGCGCACCGUUCUGAUCUUCGCGAACCGGUUAAGCACGGUUCGAAGGGCGGAUCACAUCGUCGUCUUACACAACGGUGACGUCGCUAUCGAGGGCAUCUUCGAGGAGGUCGGCAAGAACGACAUUUUUCGUCGUUUGAUGGGGUUGGAAGGCUUGAAUCUCCUCGAAGUGUAG